UUAGUUUUAAUAGCUAUUAAAACAUAAUACUUCAUUUUUGCUCAGUUUAAUUUGUGGUAUAGUAUUAAACAAGUACCACAUAAUUUGAGGUUUAGCGGUAUAAUAUGUUACUUAUAUAGCUAUGUCAAUUAAAUUAAUGUUUAUUGAAUAUCAGUUAUUCACCAAAAUGCAAAAAAACAGCAAGUGGUCACUAUUUAUGUUGCUAUUAAUGUUAUUUAGUACUGUAAACGGAUUAUACAGCAAUCAGCCACGAUUUAAAUCUGAAAAUGGCCAUUUAUACAUCGAAAGUGCAACAAAUCAUAAUAUUUCAUUGAGUACAAAAGGCCAAGGAUAUAUAAAUGUGAAUAAUGAAAACUUACUUCAAGUUAUUGGAUUGGCUAAAGAAGCUUGGGAUGUAGUUGAAUCGUUUCGGUCAAAUGAUUUACCUAUAUUUUCGGAUACGAUAAAAAAUGUAGUACCUUUGAUCGAUGGUCCAAAAGGUUUAGCCAGUCGAGUCACGGCUUUAGAAAUGCAAAUUUCAAAUACGACAUCAAUAACGUUGCCUUCUAAUAAGAGAAAAGGUGAGACGACUUUAAACGGAGCUAAACUUUCAAUUAGACUUACUAAUUUAGAAAAAAAAGUUACCAAUCUCGUAAACCUUUUAUCAAUAAGUGAAUGUUUAAGUAAUCCCUGUCAGAAUGGUGGUACGUGUAUAGAUCUGUAUAAUGGAUUUCAAUGCAAUUGUCCAAACAAUUGGCAGGGUAGACAGUGCGAAUUAGACGUAGACGAAUGUGUACGAUUCAUGUACACGGAUUUAGGGUGUCAAAACGGUGCGGAAUGCAAGAACACGCCGGGUAGUUACGAAUGCGUGUGCACGACGAACUGGUUCGGUUUGCACUGUACGAAAAGGAAGAACGAUUGCAAUGGGGCAUUGUCGUCGGAACUCUGCGGCAACGGAGUGUGUAUUAAUCAACUGUCGACGGUUGGUUACACGUGCAUUUGUAACCAGGGUUGGACUACGGACGGAGGACCAAAUCCGGCCUGUACGAAAGACGUGGACGAAUGCAAAGAAAACAAACACACGUGCUCGGCAAAUCCACCGGUCGAGUGCAGGAAUACUAGAGGGUCGUUUACUUGCGGAAACUGUCCCACAGGUUAUGAAGGAGAUGGUUUCGUGUGUACAGACGUCAACGAGUGUUUAAUAAAUAACGGAGGCUGCAGUUUGAAUCCCAGAGUUCAGUGUGUUAAUACAAGGGGUUCGUUCAAAUGUAAACCGUGUCCACCCGGUUAUAGCGGUGACGGGUUUAACUGUGUCUAUAUAUCUGGAGGAGUCUGUGCAGUAGACAACGGAGGGUGUCAUCCGAAUGCUGAUUGCACUGUUUAUGCUGAAACAACAAUUCAGUGCACAUGUAGGCAAGGUUAUAUUGGUAAUGGAAUCGGUAUUAAUGGAUGCAUUAAAAACAAUAAAACAGUAAUAGAACCUUGCAUGAAUAAUCCUUGUGGUUUACAUGGUGAAUGCCUUUCAAGCUCAAAUAAUAGUUUUUUGUGUCUUUGUGACACGGGUUAUACAGGACGAACAUGUAAUAUUCGCGUAGAAAAUACAUGCUUAGCAAAUCCAUGCCUUAAUGAUGGUCAAUGUAUCCCUGAACUAGAAUCUGGUGAAUUUAGUUGUAUUUGUACUAAUGGGUAUUUUGGACAGUUGUGCGAAUCAUUUUUAGAAAGUUGUGGUGGUUAUUUUGACACCUCCAAUGGAACGCUACAGUAUCCCGUGUCAAAUACAACAGCGACGUAUCCGAGUAACACAAAUUGUGUGUGGACGAUUGAAGUUAAUUCAUCUCGUGUUAUAAAUAUAUCUUUGGUUUGGAUUGAUAUUGAAAAAACAAAUAUUUGUUCCUUUGACUACCUCGAGAUAAUAAAUGGCGAUGAUGAGGAUGGAAAAGUGUUGGGUAAAUUUUGUGGAAAUUCCUUGCCAUCAAACAACAGUAUUAUUUCGGAUUCGAAUACUGUUACUAUACGUUUUCAUUCUGAUGGAUCCAAAAAUUUUCGAGGUUUUCAGUUAAAUUACACAACAAUUCAACCAGAUUGCGGUGGUGCAUUAAAUAUUGAUUCGCAUGGAACAUUAUCCUCUCCUGGUUCUCCUGGAAAAUAUCCACCUAAUCGUGACUGUUAUUGGACAUUGAAUGCCAUUCCAGGAAAAAGAAUUCAAUUAAAUUUUUUUUCUUUAAAAUUUGAACGACAUAUAAAUUGUAGUUAUGACUAUUUAGAGAUAAGGGAUGGUUUUACUCAGCAUAGUCCAGUAUUGGCAAAAUUAUGCAAUACUACUUCUAAUGGUUUACCUCCACCUAUAUUGACUUCAGGUCCACAUGCAAAUUUGCACUUCCAUUCUGAUGGUUCUGGCCAAGAUUACGGAUUUCAAAUGACGUACAGUGUAAUUGAAGGUAUACCAGGAUGUGGUGGCAUUUAUACAAGUCCAUCUGGAAUAAUAACUUCCCCAGUAGAUUUAACCAGUGAUGAUAAUAAUUAUAUGGAUAAUUUAAAUUGUGAGUGGCAUAUAAGAAUGCCUUUGAAACAGAAACUAAAACUUGCAUUUGUGAAGAAAUUUGGCAUUGAACAUACUACAAAUUGUUCAUCAGAUUUUUUGGAGAUUUACGAUGGUUCUAAUGUGAAAUCACCAUUAAUUGGUCGUUAUUGUGGUUCAACUAGGUUUGAUCAACCAAUAAUCACUAACAGCAAUGAAGUCACCAUUAUUUUUAAAUCUGAUUUUUCAUCUACAGCUGAAGGAUUUACUAUCAAAUAUGAAACAUUGUGUGGUGGAACAUUUACAGAAAGUAAAGGUAUUAUUGAAUCACCAUUUUAUCCAAAUCCUUAUCCAAAAAAUAAAAUAUGUGAGUAUCUAAUCGCACAACCAGUUGGAAAAGCUAUUCGAUUGUCAUUUUUGGAUUUGGAAAUUGAAGAUAUAUCUUAUCCAAAAUGUCUUUAUGAUUCAUUAGAGAUCAGGGAUGGAGAUAAUGAGAAUUCAACUUUAAUCGCAUUGGUAUGUGGGGAUAUUAAAAAACUUCCAAAAGAUCCUUAUUUAUCAACACAUAAUUAUAUGUGGUUAAAAUUUUCUACCGAUCAUUCUAAUUCUAAUAAAGGAUUUCUAGCUAAUUAUUCAACUAUUGAUAUAGCAUGUGGCGGUAUUUUGAAGGAACCAUCUGGUAUUAUACAAUCAUCGAAACAUCCAGAACAUUAUUUACACAAUCAGUUAUGUAAAUGGAUUAUAUCGGUGAAUGAAUCUAGUCAAAUACAAAUAAACUGGUUAACAUUUUCCUUAGAAAACCAACACUCUUGUAAUAAUGAUUAUGUUGAAAUUUAUGACAAUAGUAACUCAGGAAAUUCUUCAAAAAUUGCUAGAUAUUGUGGAACUAAGGUUCCACCUGUUUUGACAUCGUUAGGUAAUCGACUAACAAUCAUUUUUAAAACUGAUCAUGCAGUAGCACAAGACGGAUUUAUGUUAAAUUAUAUUUCUCUUAAUAAAGCACAAGCAUGUGGUGGGAAUUUUUUCACACCAGAAGGUUUUAUUAAAUCACCAAAUUUCCCAAAUGAUUAUCCUAAACUCAAAGAUUGUUCAUGGAUAAUAAAUGUACCAGUAAAUAAUCAGAUUGAAUUAAAUAUUACUCAUUUUUUGCUUGAAGAAAGUCAAGACUGUCGUUUUGAUUUUGUUGAAAUUCGAAACGGAGGAUUUCCUACAUCACCCUUAAUUGGGAAAUAUUGUGGAUCUAAGAUUCUUCCUGUUAUAUCUUCAAUUGGAAAUUCACUUUUUAUAAGAUUUGUAUCUGAUGGGUCUAGAGGUCGUAAAGGUUUUUUCAUGCAAUGGUAUACAACUGCCAAAGGUUGUGGUGGAAUAUUGAAUUCUGAUAUUGGACAUAUUUUAUCUCCGAACUAUCCAUUACCUAUAUUGGAGCCAUUAGAAUGCUAUUACAAGAUAGCAGUGGCACAAGGAAGUCAAAUCAAAUUAACUAUAGUAGAUAUUGAAUUAACAACAGACCAUUAUUCUGUAGGACAGUGUAAAGAUAAUUUCCUAGAAAUUUAUGAUGGUGGUAAUAGUGCUAGUAAAAUGUUAGGAACAUUUUGUUCAGAUACUCAAUCAUCUACAGAUGUGCAUUCAUCUUUUAACCAGAUGUACAUUAAAUUUAGAAACAAUGGUUAUUCCAGAGGGAGAGGGUUCUCUUUAACAUAUGCUACAGACUGUAAUGUAACUUUAAAAGGAUAUCAAGGUGCGAUUGAAAUGACUCAACAAGAAAUUAUGAGAAAAGAAAAAUGUCAAUGGAAAAUUGUUGCACCCAAAGGUAGUAAAAUUAAUAUAACUUUUACUUCAUUAAAAAUGACACCAAAGCGUUCUAUAUAUUUGUCGUCUACAUUACAAAAUAUGGCAUCUAAUAUCAAACGCAACAGCACACAAUUAACUAUUUUGGAAGGUGCAAAUAUAAAUGAAAUAAAUACAGUUUUAUGGACUUCGAAUUCUCCAGAUUAUAAUCAAUCUAUAAUUGCUUCAACUAAAAAUAUUGUAAAAAUUGAUUAUAAUAGUUUUAGAAACAGAUUAUUCUUUAUGGAUAGGUUUGAAAGUUUCCGUUUGGAAUGGAUAGUAGAUGGUUGUGGGGGAGUAUUGGAUCAAUCUGAAGGUGAAUUUACAUCACCUGGAUAUCCUUUAUUUUAUCCUCCUAGUACAACUUGUGAAUGGAUUAUUGUCGCUGAUUAUGGAUAUACCAUAGAGAUAACUAUAGAAGAUUUUUGGUUUGAGACUUCCAGAUCUUGUACUCUCGAUGCAUUAGCUAUUUACAGUGGACACGAUGAUUCUGGUCCAGAAUUGUUACGAAUAUGUCAUAAACAAACAAAUCCAAUUGUUGUAACAUCUGGUGGAAAUGAAGCUUUUAUAAGAUUUGAUUCUAGUAUGGAAACUCAGAAGAAAGGAUUUAAAGCUAUGUAUAGAACAGUUCUAUCAAAAUGUGGUGGAAAGUUUACUGCUCCUCAAGGAGUUAUCCAUACUAGUAAUUAUCCGCAAAACUAUGAUUCUAACAGUUCUUGUAUGUGGUAUAUUGAGAUAGCAGAAACUCAUUUAGUUAACCUUACAUUCGUUGACUUCAGUACUCGAAGUUUUUCUACAGGAUACAAAGAUAGAGUUUUAGUUUAUGACGGAAAUAUCCAUGGAAAAAUAUUGCUUAACCAUUCUGGGAAUAGUAUACCUACACCAAUUAUAUCUUCAUCUAAUACACUCCUUGUAUCCUUUGAAGUUGGAAAACGUGAUCUACGAGCAAAAGGGUUUAAAGCGAUAUAUUCUACGGCAUGUGGUGCAAAAUUAAUUACCAAUGAUUCAGGGAUUAUUACAAACAACCCAUCUUUAAAUAACCGUUUUAACGAGAUCUGUACAUGGACUAUUAUAUCUGGCACCCCUCAGUCGAAAGUCACAUUAACUUUUACACAUAUUGACAUAGUGCAUUAUUUAGAUAGUGCUGUAGUGAAAACAACAAAUGAAACUAAUGUGCAGUGUUCUAGUAAUUUAUUUCAUACAAUAUUUAGAAUUUUGGAUGGUCCCGAUUCGGAUGCUCCCGAAAUAGCAAAGUUUUGUAAAUCAAAUCCGAUGCCUCCACCUAUUGUCAGUAAUGGACCAGCUAUGCGUAUAGAGUUCACAGAUAACUCUGGUGCGAUGGACUCAUUUACAGCUCUAUAUUCCGUUAGAUCAAUAGCAUGUGGUGGAACGUAUGACUCGAUUAGAGGAACGAUUUCUUCACCCAAUUAUCCAAAUAAUUAUUUCAGAGAUUCUGAAUGUGUUUGGAUAUUAAAAUCCUCUGUCGGAAAUCGGGUGUCUUUGAAUUUCAUUGCUUUUGAAUUAGAAGAAGACGAGUUUUGCAAUGAAGAUUAUGUGGAAGUUAGAGAAGGUGAUUCUAUGGGCCCCGUCUUAGGUAUUUUUUGUGGACCAAAUUUGCCAUCUAAUAUUACUUCGGGUAUGUCUCUUUGGGUCAAAUUUCGUUCCAAUUCUAUUGACUCAGCUAAAGGAUUUACUGCUGAUUUUAAAUAUGUAAAAAAAAUUGAUCUGACAUCACAAUCUGGUGAAAUUUCUAAUCCAAUGUAUCCGAAACCAUAUAGAGAUAGUGAAGAUUAUUCGUGGAAAAUAACUGUAGACCAACGAAAACGAGUUCAAAUUGUAAUAAAAGAGUUUAUGACUACCUCAAAAGUUCAUAGUUUGAAGAUUUAUGAUGGAAGUAAUGACGAUUCAUUAAUUUUGUAUGAAUUUAGCAAUUUACAUUUUAAUACAGUAUUUAAUGAAACUAUAACAUCAACCGAUAAUACUGUUUAUAUAAAAUUGACAGCGGGUAGUAGACAGAUUGGUGGUAUAAACUUUUUACUGUCAUGGACAAAUGUGGAUGCGCUAUUUUAUGGAAAACAAUAUAUUUCCAUGUUGAACGCUAAAUAUAAUAAAUCGAGUUUUGAUUAUUAUUUAUCACCAAGCUCCAAUACAAGUGUGAUAAUUACAAGUCCUGGUUAUCCUUAUGGAUACGAACCUAAUAUCAAUGUAACUUGGACAAUUCAUUCGGAACCACAUUACCAUAUAGAAAUUGAUAUUUUGGAUGUAGAUCUGUAUCCUAUUCAUUCAUCUACAGAAUUUUAUUUUAAAGAUUAUAUUAAUGUAGAAACAGUUGAUCCCGAUACUGCAGAAAAGAUAUUAUUAAAGAAAAUAUAUAAAAAUACUAAUCAAAUCAGAAAUACAAAAAUAGUUGGUAAGAAUAAAGUUAUAUUAACUUUCAUUUCAAACAAGUCAUUAAAUGGUUCAGGAUUUAAAGUUGAAGCAAAAUUAAGAUGUGGUGGUAAAUUACGAGGACCAACAGGAGUAAUUAGUGUAUCUAAUUUCACUAGUGCUUUAUUCUUAAACGAACCGCACUUGUAUGAUUUUUAUUGCACUUGGAAUGUUACUGUACGACCAGGAAGAACUAUUUCAGUUAAAUUUAUUACAUUGCAAUUGUUAUCAUGUAUGGAAAGUUAUGUUUUGUUAAAAAAUGGUUUUUAUGAAGAUUCAUCUUUCCUUGGCCAAGGAAAAUAUUGUAACAGUACUAAUAUAGCAACAUUGUCUACGACUGAUAAUAAAUUACAAGUUCAAGUUAAAUUACUAUUACAUGACAUCGUCAAAAUAGCAUUUGAAGAAAAAUCAAUAAAUUGUGGUGGACAAAUAUAUUUAAAUGAUAUGUACAACAUUACUGAGAUAACAUCUCCUUCAUAUCCAAAUAUACCUCCAGCACACACCGAAUGUAUUUGGACGGUAGUAGCACCAGCUGGUGAACAAAUAUCUGCAACCAUAGAAGACUUAGUUAUGGAUAGAGAGUGUGAAAAGGAAUAUCUUGAAUUUAGAGAUGGUGCUGCUCGAUUUUCAAAAUUGAUAAACCAUAUUUGUGGAAGAAAUCAAGUUCAAGAUAUUGAAACAACUGGGAACUUUUUAUACAUAAAGUUUUUCACGGAUUUAAGUGUACCUAACAAUGGUUUUAAAUUGAAUGUCACUAUAGCAAAAUGUGGUGGUACUCGACGAGCACCACGAGGCAUAAUAUCGUCACCGAAGUAUCCUGGUUCUUAUGAAUCGAACAUGGAUUGUGAAUACCGAAUUAUCACUGACUAUAGACUCCGUAUUAUAUUAAAUUUUAAUGUAGUAAACCUGAAUCGGCGGUUUCCCAGCCUAGGAUUAGGCCCGGACAUGCCACUCAACGAGACAUAUGAUGAUACGCUGACUAUAUACGACGUAGAACCAUUCAACAAUACUAGGAUAUUGGUAUUAACAAUUUUUGGUUCUAAUUUUCCAUCAAACCCCAUUAAAUCAUCUGGUCAAGAAUUGGUGAUUAAAUUUAAAUCCCACUUAAAAAAUGGCCCUUUUUAUUUGAAAAAUUCUGAUGCAAAGUUUUUAUUGACUUAUAAUACUGAAUAUGAUAGUUGCAGUCAAAAUUAUGAUGUUGAAAGUGGUGAAAUAAGUAGCCCUCGAUAUUCCAGUUUAAAUAAGAGACGGAUAUACUGUGCGUAUACAAUUACCGUACCAAGAGGACGUAGAAUAACUGUUGAAAUUAUCAAAGGAAAAUCGAUUGCUCAAACCUGUGAUAAUUAUUUAUUACCAGAAAAUGACCUUAAGGAAAAACUGAUAGUUUUCCAAGGCGGUAGUUCCUUAAAUCCUCCAUUAUGUGUUGACCCUAUUAUCAAUCCUUCAUCAAUGCACUAUAUUUAUGAAUCAACCUCGAAUGAAAUGGUACUUGAUUAUGUUUAUAUAAGUGGUAGUCAAAGUGGUUUCCAAUUGAAAUUCUCAUCAAACAAACCUUCCAUUUGUGGAGGUAUAAUAGAUGCUAGUAUCAAUGGUACAAUUGAAUUACCCAUCAGAAAUAUAACCAACUUCCAUUGUCAGUGGGACUUGACUAACUCAAAUGGAUCUAUUGUAAUAGAAACAGAUUUUAAAAUUAAUGAAUCAAACAUGACCUGUGAUGGUUAUUCUCUCUUCAUUGCUACUAACGAGGAUGAAAGCAUACUAUUGAAAAAGUAUUGUCCAGUUUCAAACAAGAAUGAUAAAUUUUUUAUUGUAAGUCCAUUACCAAUGGCAAGACUUAUGCUAUAUUCAAAUCGAAAACUUGUUAAUUACACUGCAAGUAUUAAUUAUUAUAUUAAUAUGUGUGGUGGAGUACUAUAUGGGCAGACAAUUACUAUUACUAGUCCUAAUUAUCCUAAUAACUAUAAGCAAAAUACAAACUGUGCUUGGUCAGUAAUACUUUCUGAAGGUGAAAAUGUAAAUAUACGUUUUAAUGAUAUUGAUCUUGAUUCAUCUUGUGAUAAUAAUUAUGUGAUAAUACAUGAUGGAUCUAGUCCUGAAAGUCCUGUGUUGGGUAAAUAUUGUGGUAAUAUUUUGCCGGAGAAUUUAGUUGCAACUUCCAAUGAAAUAUGGAUAGAAUUUUCAUCUGAGAGUGGAAAGAAUAACAGAAAAGGGUUCAAUUUAACUUUGGAAUCAUCACAAAAUGGAUGUGGCAAUGUUUAUAUUAAUGAAAAAGGUAAAAUAUCUACCAAAAAUUAUCCUAACUUAUAUCCGAAUAACGAAGAAUGUGAGUGGACAAUAGCAGUAUUACCAGGAAACAAAAUCAGCUUGCAAUUUGUUGAACGUUUUAGUCUGGAACAAAGUGUUAACUGUACUAAAGACUAUGUGCAGAUUUUCGACUUUAUUGAUGACAACUGGGAGCCACUAGGAAAUCGAUUGUGUGGUCGUCAAAUUCCAUCUACAUUCACUUCAACGGGGACCAAAUUAAAAGUUCGUUUAAGAACUGAUAAUGAUAUUCAAGGUGAUGGUUUUAAAGCCAAUUGGACGAGUAUUUGUGGUGGUAUUUUUACCAAAAAAUCUGGAAAAAUAGUUUCACCGAACUAUCCUGCACGAUAUCCAAACAAUUUAAAAUGCAACUAUACAAUAUUAGCACCCGGAGAGAGUAUAGAACUGACUUUUAAAUCAUUCGAGCUCGAAGGUAAAUGUCGUUAUGACAAUUUAACAAUAUAUGACAUGGUAGGUAUAUUUGAUGAUCAAACAAAACAUACUAUUGGAACCUAUUGCGGAGAUACUGCACCAAAAACAUUUACGUUUUUACAUAGUGUGAUGUUGAUAUUUAUGACUGACUACUCUGUAGGAAAAAAAGGAUUCGAAGUACAUUAUGAAAUGCAAGGAUGUGGAAAUGAAAUCACUACCCCGGGGUUAAUUAAAUCCCCAAUGAGUUUUGAUAAUUCAUUUGGUAUGAGUUAUGGAUACCCACCUAAUAUGAAUUGCACAUGGAUUAUACGAGCUCCACCAGAACAAGUUGUACAGCUUGUUUUUACUAAAUUUCGCCUAGAAGUAAAUUAUGAUGAAGAAGCUUCUGAAGAUGAUAGAUGCCCAAAUGACUAUGUUACUGUUUUUGACGAGUCUGAUAAAAAAACUAACAAUUCUCAAGGUCUGGGGAAAUUUUGUGGAGUUUUAGACGAUAGAUUACCAGAAAUUAAGUCUAAAACAAAUAUUAUGUAUGUUAAUUUUGUUACUGAUCUUUCAUUAAACGAUGAAGGGUUUGUUGCCGAAAUUUCAUUUACUUAUGGUGAAUCUAAAGGCUGUGGAGGCACUAUCAGGUUGAAUCAAUCAAAUUUAACAUCUGGAUAUACACUAAAAGUACCAAAAAUGUCAGUAAAAACUUAUUUGGAUUGUGGAUGGUUAAUAUUAGUAGAGCCAUCAUACGUCGUACAGUUUCAAGUGAUCACUUACACUGAAACUCCAAAAUGCUCUUUAAACACAACAGACUGUAGAUGUAGUUCUAUUCAGUUUUUUGAUGGUGCCGGACGCAUGGCGUUAAAAAUCCGCCAAUAUUGCCCAGGAAAAGUGGAUUAUGCUCCAUUAUUAUCAUCUGGAAGCGAAGCUUUUAUUAAAUACUUAUAUAUAGAUACGGACGUAGAUGUAAAUUUUGAGAUAAAGAUAUCAUCAGUGACAUCGGUUUGUGGUCCAACAGCACUGACGGUAACUAAUAAAACACAAAUUUUAACAUCUCCAAAUUAUCCAUUAACCCAUGGAAAUAAUUUAAUGUGUACUUGGUUUUUACAAUCGGAACUUCCUAAUUCAGUUAUUUUGUUACGAUUCACUGAUUUGGAUUUGGGAGAUACGAAAGAAUGUGUGCUUAAUUAUUUGGAAGUACACUACGCACAAUUGGCGGAUACUUUAUAUUCCAAUAGUAUACGAAUGUGUCACGCGGAUCAUGCAUUUGAUUUUACGGAUAGAAUUUUGAACACUGUUAAAUUGAAGUUACAUACAGACGAUCAUAAAAUAUCAAAAGGUUUCAGACUAGAGUACAAAAGUACAAGUUGCCAAAAAACAUAUGACAAACACAAUGGGCGUAUACUUUUUAGUUAUACUGAUCCGGUUAUGGAAGAGGAGUGUGUAUUCACGAUAAAUGUAGUAAAUCCAAAUUUAACUAUUUCUCUGUACAUUUCAUCGUUUCGUUUUUCGGGUCCAGCUGUAUCUAAUUACCUUAAAGUAUACGAUGGAUCAAACGUUUCAAUGCCAUUGAUAACCACAUUAAACGAUGUACGUAUGAUUCCUCCUCCUAUAUUUUCAACUGGUCCAUCGUUAACGAUGGCGUAUAAAACGUACCCGAAACCAGGAUCAUUGGACAUGAGUUAUACUUCUACAGACAAAGGUAGAGGCUGCGGCGGUAGUAUGUUUAAUGUCAAAGGUACGGUGACAAGCCCAAUGUACCCUAAUUUAUACAGAGUGAGCUCCAUGUGUAGGUGGGAUAUUGCAGUACCAAAACCAAAUUCGGUCAAGAUUACAUUUCAAGUAUUUAACCUCGGAAAGAGAAUGACAUGCGACACCGAUUACUUAGAAAUGUACAACGUCGAUCAGACAACUGGAGUGUCGUCGUUUGUUGCUAAAUACUGUGGUGGAGAUACUCCAGCGGAACACAUCAGUCAAACAGGAGCAGUUUUCAUUCGUUACGUGACAACCAUACACAACACAGGCACCGGUUGGGUAUUGCAUUUUGAGUUAAAUCAUAAUAUGCUAUAAAAUAAGUUAAAUACAUAUAAAAUAUUAUAUUAGACUCAGAAAAAACUUGAAUGAUAAUAAAGUAUUACUAUUUUGAAAGUA